AUGACAACAACAACAACAACAACUGCUCCCCCCACUCCUCCGACAUCGAUGGAAGCAACGUGCUCGAAGAAGCUGCAGCGAAUCGUUUCGGUGCUGAAGUGCCGCAAUUCAAGUAUCACACAUCUGCAUGUGUAUGGGACGAGCGCCAGUGCAAAGGAUGAAGUGAUGCAGAAGGCCAUCGAAGAGGUGCAGCAAAACGAUGAGGUGAUGAUAUUGCGUGUGAAUUGUUACGUACACCAUGGAUCGCCGAAGCAGUUCUGUCGAGCGCUGUAUAAUUUGUUGCCGCAUGUGAAAAGCGAAAAGAAAAGCGAAAAUGUGGAGGAUGUGUUUGCGGCAUGUAUCGAGGAGCUGGGACAUGUGAAGCCGAAUAUCAUGGUUAUUAUCUUGGACAAUUCCGAAUUGUUGUUGAGUUUCUCAACCAGCUUCUUACAGGCAUUCUUCUCAUACAACGGUGCGAUUAAAGUGGUAACAGUGGCGCGACUGCCAUGGACGCGAUUUGAAAUCACCGAGUAUAUCUCCUCGCCUGUACAGUUCGCCUUCGAAGCUUUGUCGAAAAGUAAUUCAGGCAGAAGUUUGGGCUAA